CUAGAAAAAGACCCCACUACCCACACCAUCCGAAUAGGGUGACACGGAGUUGGGAUUCAGUCUGUGUUUGCCCACCAGAGACACAUCACUGCAGGUUUGGGGUGCCACCAAUUAGUUCCGGGUACCAAGAGUAUUUUGUCUCAGGAAUAUAUCUUUAAAACUUUCUGAGAGAAAGAGAAGGGAGUGGCGAGCUCUUCAUCGGGAAAUCUUGCUUAAACUUCAGUACUUGAUGCGCCUGGAGAGAGGAAAGAUAUCUACGCCACGUGGUAACAAGGUUCUGGUGAAGUGAUUGUUGAGUGAUAUCAUUUCUAACUUGGUUUAGUGAAGAUAGUGACAGUGAAUACAGUCAGUGAAGAAAGUGCAGACAAUCAGUGGAGGCAGGGAAAACUCUGAUCCUCCCACAAUGUGGUGUUUACAAUUCGUUUAGGCUGAAUUGAUCCAUCUCAGGAAUAGGAUUCUUGAAUCAACAGGCAAAUUGAAGAAGAACUUUUUAUCUAGAAAAGAUCAAUUCUAAGUGAAAAUAGUGUUGAUUUUCACUUCUGGUGACUAGGACGGACCAAUUCUUGCCACCAAAUUUCACUGGUUUUUUGCUAAUAAGAGUCUAAAUUUUCUUUAACAACUGAAAUACUUUUUUACUGUUUACGGGCGGUUUAAAAAUCUCCAAACGCUUUGGUCUCCAGAUUUAUUUUCAUAUAGUUCAACUGAUCUAAUUGUGAUUAAGGUGUGUGAAGAAUUCGAUGUGCUUGGCCAGAAAGUGCUGUUUGUAGGGUGUUUUGAAUGGUGAUUUCUAUUGGAUCAUUGGAUAUAAUGCAUUAAGAUUAUCAGUUAGAAGAGAUUAAUUGUUCGAGCAAAAUUGGUAAGCUUCGGGGAAGAAGUUAAGGAUUCGCAAAGAUUACGAGUGCGGAAGAAAUAAAGGGUGCUUUCGUGGGUGGUGCAACGUUCGGGUACACAAGUCGGCAGGCCGGCUCUGGGGUGCCGGGCCCGGGGGGGGUGAUGAGCUGUUCCGAGGUUAUGUAUCAAUAUUAUCCUUACCUCUAUCAGAGGCCACCGCCACCCCCAAACCACCCCCAUGCGGCCCCUCACCCCCACUCACAUGGUAAUCCACAUGCGGCCCAUCAUAGCCCGGCGAGGCCCGCACCCUUCCAACCCUUCUCGGCUACAGCAGCGACUCAUCAGUACGACAGGUUGAAUGUUCACCAAAGAUCCUUGGAGGCCGCUGGACUGGAACUCUGCGGUGUAGGGGGCAGUCUUCCUCAAGGUCAACCAAGUAGUACCGGUUCGAUAGGAUCAGCACCAAGUCCUGCAUCCCCCAGACCCACACCCCAACCAAGACAACCCCUCGCAACCACCACUUCGCAGUCUUCAAGGACACUCGACGAUGAUAGAUCGACAGACGCAGUAGGUGGUGGAACAGCGGCAGAAGAUUCGGAUGAUGGUGAGAGUAGAGCACAGUAUGUUAGUGCAAACUGUGUGGUUUUCACUCAUUACCGAGGAGAUGCAGCAACCGAAGUGGAUGAACACUUCCAUAGAGCCCUCCAGCAGGAUAAUAAACUAAAAGAAAAUAUUUCUCCAAUGAACAUGAGAAAUUUCCCGCCCUCCUUUUGGAAAAGCCAUCACCCUGGAGACGUUUACGAAUAUCCGACGGACCCAUGGCAUCCACACUAUCCUCAGUAUCAUCAUAGAGCUGUACACGAAUACCACCACCAUAACAUGGCGGCUGCAGCAAGUUACGGCGGUUUAUUAUUGGGUGGUGCUCGAGGUCUUGGACACCAUACAACCCACCAUGCGGCGCAUCAUGCGCAUGCCGCGGCGUCCUACAAGGACUGGACGUCGGCGACGCCGUCGCAAUCUCUUGUCGACGCUUCUUCGGCGCCUCCAUAUCCCCACGGUCCCUACGCACCCUUAUCUGGUCUCGAAUCACAAGUUCAAGAUUCCAAAGAUAUGUAUUGGUUCUAGAACUGAGUUCCAGUAUAUUUUGAUUCAUCCUUGACUGAUAAAGGACAAGUGAAGUCAAAAAUACAUAGGCAAAAUUAAGUAAAAUAAAUGCGAGAAGCAAUAUGGUUGGUCCAAACGCCGUCCUUGAACGAGUUCCCCCCUGAUUGCAUUUUUUGAUACAAAAUAAAAUUUUGUAAUACAUUUUUAAACACUUUAUCAACGAUUAAAAAAGCCUUUAUGUAUCUCAUUUAUGACAAAAAUUCCUUCAAUAAUAUUAUAACUAUACUCUGUUCCCUGAGAGAAGAUCCUCUAGGCGUGCAUAUGGGUUGGCGUUUCUGGAUGGAGGAGUGUCCUUACCCGUUUUUUCAUACGUAGUUUAUUAAGUUCUCUUCUCAUUGGUCCCUUGAUCUUAAUUUAAUAUUUAUUACUUUUGUUGUCAUUUUUCUAUAAAGUUUGAAAAUUGGGGAAGUAAGCAAUAUCGAAUUGAAUAUUGAGCUAAAGUUUCUGCGAUUAAACUUCUUUAAAUUUUCAACUUUCCUAGGCAAGCAAUAUAUCAUUGGGAUCAGAAAAAUUCGUAGAUGCGGAUUAUGCUAUUUCCAAAUCGCUAAUUACAAAGUUUAAAGUCUGUACAUUUCCUUACUUUGACCUGCUGUGGACCAAAGACCCCUGCUGGGGUAACCUUAUUCACGUCGAGUUUGGUAAGCAAACAGACAAGUACGAGUAGUAGAAAACGGGCAGUCGUCAUUUCCUCCACGGCUACCUACGUACCCUUCCCCUUCCAGUGUGCAGCGACACCUAUCCCUCACUGGAGAUAAUCUCUUUGUCUUCCAACUUAUAUCUAUUCCUAUUUAAAGACUAUCAGUAUGUCCAUGAAAAUCAUUUAAAUAUACAUAAUUAGAUUAUUUUCAAUCUAAUAAU